AUGGAUGCGGUUGAAGCGAUGAAGGAGAGUAUUGGGGUAUCAGUCUACGAACAGCUCGAAAUACGCUUUAUUCUUUAUAUUGGCUUUGGAAUCGCCGUGAUUAUUUGUAACCUCAUCUGCCUUCUGGUUUUCAAUUCAUCGCGUGAUUUCCGCAGAAAAUUCAUGCUCUACAGUUUUGUAUCGUUCGCGGAAUUGAUCAAUGGCGUCUCCUUUCUCUCCGCCGGGCUAGGACGGAUGCAACUAUUGACAGGCGGAGGCUAUAAUCAACCGAUUACAAGCUCGGACUGUAUUUUCACAUUUCCCUGGCCUACAUUGCUAUUAAUUUCAGGUACAUUACCUGCCUGUGCUAACCUCAGCCUAUCAUUGGAAAGGUUAUUCGCCGUACGCUACGCUUCUACGUACAGAGGAUGGAGCAAUUCGCACAAAUUAAUUCUUAUUAUUGCUUCGGUGGCGGUGUGCCUGAUCCUCUACGGUCUGGCAGUGAUGUCGUCCCUCCUAUGGCCAUCGGUCUCGCCGACGCGCAUCUGUGCGGUGAUGAACAGUGCUGGGCCAUACUUCGGAACCGUUCACUACUUCCUGAUCUGCAAGGCGUACGUCAUCGGCUUUCUGAUGGUCGUGUACGUCUACAGAUUUGCGGGCAGUCAUAAGAAAUUGACGUCUUCGGAACGACGUACACAACGCACAUCCCUUGUCCUCCUCGGUCUCUGCGUAAUUCUGGUGGCCAUUCCAAAUUACGUACUGAUCCUCGACAACUGGAAAAUCCCGAAAUUCCCCGAGUUGCUAGUCGGAAUUGCGUAUUGCCUGUACGCUUGUCAGUCGAUGUCGACGCUGACCGUGUUCCUGCUGUUUCGGCCGGAAUUUCGGGAGCGGCUACUCGGGUUCUUGUGUCCGUUCAGGAAGGAGGGACGGAUUGAGAGCUCGGAUCAUGUUCGCACCGUACUACACUCCACAAUCGAACGCCAGACACGACCCGCCCUUGCCAUCCACACAACUCAAAUCAUAGCGAAACACCACCAAAAUGAUCCAAACCGCCGACCCUCCGCCCACCACCGCCACAAUGAGACCUAU